AUGGCGGCUGCAGUCAGUGGCGCCGUCCGGCGAGGGACCCCCAUGUACUCGGUAAGUGCCUCCUGUCCCCCCAGCUCCUCCGUGGCUGCUGCUCCGUGGCUAGGGAGGGUGGGGCGGCAUUGUGUGCUGGGAAGCCCCAUGGGAAAAGGAGAGCGGCCGGGCCCUGCUUCCUCGUCAGGGCUGGGAGGGAGGCGCGGCCGCCCCUCGCUGACCUCUCCGCGUGAGUCUCUUGGUCGUGGGCAGAAGGUCCGCGCGAUGACAGGCAGGUUGCAGUUCGUCAGGGUGCAUGCUCUUUCAGUGCUGGGACACGGGGAAAGGAAGGCGGGGAACUGCACCAGCUGCAUUGCUGCCUGCCUGACAGCUGUUCGGGGGCCACCGCUCCACGCCAUAAACAGCAGGCAGCUCUCACGUGGAGCCUGCCUGCUCAUGUGCCAGACAUGCUUACUGGGCUGUCACAACACAGAAGUGCAAGGUCUUUUGUGCAUGGGCGCUGAUAUCCCGAAAGAAAGAAUCGUUGUCCGUUUAGACAAGAGUUAUUAAUAUGUUGAAGCCUUUUUGGCAUGGUCGCUUGAAGAUAGGCUCUGUGUGUGGCAGGGCUGUGAGUUUGGUUGCUAGGGUAAAUAAGUGUUUUUAACCUGGGAGGAAGCUCCACUGAACUGUCACUUUGGCUGGCGCACCACCGCCUUCCCUCAUCUACUGUAAAGCCUGUAAGCCUCUUUUCCUUCGCCAAGAGCAGGGAAUAAACCUGAGCUAUGUGGACACAACUGAUUUGAGCAAUCUCAGGCAGCAGGGAUUGCACAGGAAUGGGAAUCCAGGCUGCUUCUUUGAUCACAAGGUUUUUUUUUACUGCGUCAAAGGAAGGUGGACAGUACUGUCUUGAAAGGGAAGUGUGUGCAUUUUCUUCCUACAGUCCCUGUCCUGCUGCAGAACAUAAACUAGUGCUGCAGGUAUUGCUGAAUUUUGCGGUAGUAUGUUUCAAUCAGUUUUGUUACACUUGAACUUGUAUGUACUCUUGCAACAGUCCUUCAAAUAGCUGGCUUAUCAAGAUGCUAAAAAUUCCCCUUCCCUUGAAAUGUAGGAGGAGAUACCUGUACAGACCAGUGCUUAUAAUUGGUAGAAAUCCUAACUUGUAAUGUAGUACUGCCAACCACAUCUCAGAAGCAGUGUUUGAAACUCCCAUUGUUCUAGGUGCCUUUUGUGACAGGGAAUUUCAUUUACGUGAGCAGUUUCUGAGCUCUGGGCGCAGUACUACACCUAUGAUUUCAGAUUAAAACUGCAGAGUGGAAGGAAAGGAGGGCUUUUUUCUGCCUCCCCGCUUCCAGCUACUGUAUGAAGACUGGAGAAGAGACCCUCUUAAGAAUAUUGGGGGGGGGGGUUUGGCAGGGGAAGGACUAGACCAUGUGAAAAUAUUUUAGCUGCAGUUCAUUCAUUUUCAGCUUUGUAUUUUUGUUAUAAAAAAGUGCACCUAGACAUUCUGUUGUUGCGCCCAUAACCUAGGUUUAAGGUGCCAUUUAGCUCCUAGCUUUCAUAUCUGAGUUUCAAACACUGCUCAGAACCAAUUGAGAAUAGGGAAGGAUGCAUUCUCAUGAGAAUAGUUUGUCCAUUUGGUAACAGAUAAAUCUGUAGUAACCAAAGAAACUUGCACUCCUUACAGCUAGUUCUGUAUCUUUGGAUUUUUUAAUUGCAAACUCCACUUAUUUAUAAUUCCUUGUUCUCAGUGCUCUGUCAAAGAAAAUUCCCACAAAAAAGAAGCUGAGUUGGGUGGUAUUUGUGACUACUGCCAUCCUGGAAUAGGGAGCUUAAUGUCAAAGGCUUAAACUACAGCAAGCCAGGAAAGUUGUUAAUGUAGCACCUCUGUACUGCCUUGCCUUAGUCCUGUCUUUAUGUUAAUGGCAGUAUGGUGGUGCUUUCAUGGAUCCAGUCAUCUAGGCUGGCUUUUCGCAAAUCCAUUUCUUUCAGAUUGCAUUGGGAUGUGUCACAUGUGUUAUGCGUACAAAUUUAUUUAUUCCUGCGUUGCAGGGGUUUGGACUAGAUGACCCAACCCUACAAUUCUAUGAUUCUAUGCUGGAGCCUUUUUUCAUCGAAUAAGCAAAUCAGUAGGGAUUUUCUAUAGCAGUAGCACGUUUUGCCUCCAGUAUGUCUCUUGUGCAGUGUUGUUCUUGUCUGAAACAGGAAGACUGACAGAGCAAUCCUAUUUAGGUCUACUCAGACUGAGUUCAGUAGGACUUGCUCCCAUGGAAGCUUGUAGAAGAUUGCAGUCUUAGUCCUCUGCCACCCCUUCCUAACCAUGUGCCCCAAGUGCUAGUGUAAGAAUUCCUACAGAUGCAGAGCAGAGCCAUACACCUAUGUUGGGUAUACUUCAGUUCAUCAACACAGACCUGAAGAUACUAGGGGCUCAACAGUGUGAGCAGCACUUGUGAGUACGUAUGCAUCUCAUGCUGGGUUGAAGAAGCCACUAUUGGAUAAUGUAUAUAUGGACACAUUUGAAGCAUCCUUAUAUAGUCACACCACUGAUGCAUCUAGCCUGGUACUAUCGAUUCUGCCUGGUUGUCCAAGGUUUUAGGCAAGGAUCUUCUCCCAGCUCUGCUGUCUGGGAUCCUCUUAACUGGGAAUGCCACUGUUUGCACUUAGGGAUCUUCUCUAUCCAGUAUGUGCACUCUCCCACUGAGCUACUGUGCCUUCCCAAGGGAUGCAGGUUAAUCUGUAAAUCUUCUUUCAUUGACACACACAACAAUUUGAAAUGCACAGUUCUCCUGUUUGUAGAAAUCAGUGCAUUUGUUUUUUUAGUACACUUGUGGCAGUGAGGUCACUGACAGUUACUGGCUGAAUUGGUGUGGACAUUCCAACUUGUGAAUGUUCCAAACUGCCCAUGGGACAAUGCUGCCUCAACGCUUUCAGGGUGGAGAAAAGCUCUGAAGAAACUCCACUUAAGGUCAGUAAGGGCUGUAUGCUACGGUGGGGAGGGAGACGGACUACCAAAUGGACAUGGAACAAAACUGAUGGACAGAUAAAGAGGUACUCAAGAAAACAAUUGACAAUGGAGAUGGAAUUGAGGGAGAAAAUAGGACAGAGGCAAUGCAUAACAUUGAGGCAGCUAGAAGCCAAAGGAUUUGUGUAUGCUAUUGACAAGAAGGAAGUGGAUAUGCAAAGGAUGAUUUGGAGAGCUUGGGGACUGUGGGUAGCACUGGGUUGUUAAGACUAUAGUUAGAUUCUGAUGCUCUUUUAAUAUUUGUAUAAAAGGGGAGUAUUGCCAAUUGUACCUUCUAUUUUCAUAGCGGCCUUUGUUACCAGAUGACAACCCUUAUGGACAAUAAAGACCAUGUGAAGAACUGAAUUUGCCAUACUAAUUUAAACCAGCCAGCCAGCUCCUUGAUUGUAAAACUCAGCUGUUAAGCCUUGUGGCUCAUUUGUGUAGGUUGAACUCUAAUUAAAUAAAAGCAAAUAUUACAAAAUGGUUUCAUGAUAGCAGAGAUACGGGAUUUCAUGACAGUAAAGUUAUUGGAUUUCAUAACAGCAGAGAUAAAGGAUUUCAUGAUAGCAGAGAUGUUGCUAAUUCUACAUUUUACUGUCAUGACACCAUUUUCUCUGACAAACCUCAGAAAGCUAUUUAGGCUGCAGUCCUAUACACAGUUAUGAGGGAAUAAGUCCUAUUGACUUUAUAAGGACUUAACUUCGGAGUAGAUAUGCAUGAGAUUGCACUGUGCAUGGAUUAAGUUACUGUCUGAUUCUUCAUUCAUUAUGUUCCCAGCAGAAAAACCUCACAUCAAAGAAAAAAGAUGAUUUUGAAGAUAUCUUGGAAGAGAGGCGGCAAUCCAGUGACCUCAGAUAUGCAAUGAAAUGCUACACACCUGUUGUUUAUAAAGAACUUUCUCCCUGUAAGCCAAGUGCCAUUAAAACUAUUGUUCUGCAAUCUGAACAAGUUCAAUAUGUCAUCAAAUACGUGAGUAAAAAAUUCUUACUUCAGAAGUUAAUGUAUUUGUAGGUCUUCUUUGAGCAGCACCCUUGUUUACUGCCAGUUUUUUUUUCUACCCAUGAGGCUAUUGCUUUGAUUUUCUCAGGGUAUAAUCUUGUUUCUUUUCUUUCCCUUAUAGUAGAAAUUCCUCAAAUUGCAUAAUCAUCUAUACUGUUUUCUGUGUCUUACUCAGGUGGAGGUGGUCUUUUCAGCUGAGAGAGUUUUAUUGGAUUGGCCUUUGCAUGAUUUGUGUAAUUCAUAUGUGUUUUGAAAUGGAUUGUUUCAGGGAUUUAUAACUUUAUCAACAGGUGGGGCUUUCCCCAUAAUUGUAUUUCCAUAAAAGAAAAGGAUUACCCUAUUUUAUUUGUGCUAGUCACACAGCUGAUAAAUCCUCAAGGCGUAAUUUCCUUUGCACCUGCACUUGUAGUUCUUGCUGCAAGAGAGUAAACCUUUUCAACAAUUCUUACUUGCCACAUACAAAGCAAUUAUAGGCCACUGUGUGCCAAACAAUCUUCAAAAUGUCAGAGACAUUUGGUUUUUAUUCACUACUGCUCUUCAUCUUUCACAUAGCUAUCGAAAGAGACAGGUGAAUCACCUGACAUCAUACAAGAAGAAGCAGCAGAAAUUCUGGACGAGAUGGCGCAUAGCAUGCAUAUGGGAGCUAUACGGUUUUUUGCUUUCACACUGAGCAAAAUAUUUAAAUCCCUUUUCAAGAGCAUCUGUGUGAAUGAAGAUGGCAUGCAGAAAGUAAGUAUGUGUAUGAAGGCAUAUGGAAACAGCUGGAACUCUUGACACCAUUACAAUCGGAAUGAAUCUGUGUGGCCAUGCUGACUGUAGUAACCACAUUAUAGUGUGACAGUUUGACAUAUUGAUUGUCCCUGGGGUGGCAUUUUCAGAACCCUUGGGUUGUAGCCAUAAUUAAAGAAUUACCAUGCUCACAGGGAAAUCACCAAGUCCUGUGUAAUUAGACCAAAAAGCCUGUCUAGGCCAGCUUCCUGUACUCACAGUGGUCAGCCAGAUGCCUAUGAAAAGCCCACACUAGGGACAUGUCUGCUGCAAUGCUGCCCAGCAGCUGGUGGUGUUCAGAGGCGUACUGCCUCCAACCCUGGAGGUGGCACAUAGCUAUCAGAGCUAAUAGCCACUGGGAGCCUUGUUCUCCUUGGAUCCAUGAUCUUUACCUUAAGAUGUAUAAAAAACAACUAAGGAAAAAAAAUUAUUUCUAGAAGCGCCUUUUCCAUUUUUUUCCUCGUAUCAGCUUUUGAUUUGCAACUAUCAACAAGCAUGAGUUUGUACGAAUUUUCAUGCCAAUGUUAAUGUGGGGUUGGAAUCAAUGGCCCAAUAACUCUACAAGUCAACAGAUUGUUUUUCGAAUCUGCGCAGCGAAGUGAGCUCCCGUUGCUCUGUCCUAGCUCCUGCCAACAUAGCAGUUCGAAAGCACACCAGCGCAAGUAGAUAAAUAGAUACUGCUGCAGCAGGAAGGUAAACGGCGUUUCCAUGAGCUCUGGCACUUGUCACGGUGUUCCGUGCACCAGAAGUGGUUUAGGCGUGCUGGCCACAUGAUCCGGAAAGCUGUCUGUGGACAAACACCGGCUCCCUCGGCCUGAAAAGCAAGAUGAGUGCUGCACCCCAUAGUCAAAUUUGACUGGACUUAACCGUCAUGGGGUCCUUUACCUACUUUUUAAAACUUUUAAAUAUAUAAAAAAUGUAUUACUGCAGGCCUUUGCAUGCAUGGUAUCUUUUUAUGCAACCCCAAGCAAUCUGUAGGCGAUACUUAGGACAGCAGCCUUACAUAGAAGUAAUUAGGUGAACCUUGUGUGGGCCAAGCUGAUUUCAUUCACACAACCACUUCAUGCAACCCAGAGUAAUUGAAAUGCUGAUGUAAAACUUCUAAGGUCUGACUUCCUUGCGUCUGUUAUGUUUACGUCAUCAUAAAAGUUGAUGCCUUAGUUUAUUAUUCAAUCAUCUUCUCUAAGGAAAAAUCUGAAAUUGUAUAUUGUGGCCAUGUGCUGAAAUUAAAGAGAAAGACAACUCAAGAUUCCUUCAUAGUGAUAAAAGGCAUUUUGUUCUUCGUUAGUUACAACAGGCAAUACAAGAGCAUCCCGUUGUUCUGCUGCCCAGUCAUCGCAGCUACAUCGAUUUUCUCUUACUAUCUUAUGUGCUGUACACCUAUGACUUGGCUUUGCCUGUCAUUGCUGCAGGAAUAGGCAAGUAUUUCCUUUUAAACAAAAGAUUCCUAAAAUAGCCAGAAUUUUGUAAUGCCGCAAUCCGGAUUGGCCAACGUGAGCUUGGAUCAGACUGCUAUAAAUGUGUGUUUUGGUCGUGUUACUGUGCUUGCAAUAUCCCCCAUGGAUUUGUACAGCAAGGAGCAGCGGCGUAGUGUGGGUUGUCAGCACCCGGGGCAAGGCAAGUAAUUUGCGCCCCCUAACCCCUAACCUGCCGCCGCUGCCAGCUUCUUCUUGCUGCUGCCUGGGCUGGUCUAGUGUGGUUCUCUCCCGCGCUCAGCGCUGCGCUGGGCGGCCGCUGCACUGUCCCUCCCCCCAGAUAGUCCCUCGCUCUCUCUCCGCACCGCACGCCUGGCACCCACCCCCUCCACAGUGGGCGGCGACCCAGCGGCUCGGAUCGGAUUCGCACAGCCAGCACUGCAGUGAGAGAGAGUGAGGCCCCCCCUGCACCCCCCACGCUACGCCACUGGCAAGGAGGCUGCACAAGGUCAGGCCAAAAAUCUGAGAGGGAACUGAUGAAUGCAGGGAUUCCUUGAUCCCCCGGUAGGAGGGAGAAUAGCCCGUCCCAAGGGAAAUCGUAGUGGAUUUUGUUCUUGAAAACCUGUGAAUGAGAUCACCAGUGUGAAGAUCACCCUUUCGGAUCUUCAAGAUAGCUCUCUAUUACAAGUAGGAGCAUUAAUACACUUGAAGCUUAAUUAUAAGCAUUUAAAACAUAAGAUGCAAUUAUGCAUGUCAUUUAUCAAAGGCUUGUGUACACUGACACAACCAACAGAAAACCAGGGUAGAAUACCAAGGCUUCCAUAACACAAACCCCUUACAAUAGCAAGCCCAUUGAAAUCAUUGGGUCAUAGCCAAAGGAGUGCCAGCAGACCUGCAGUGGUGCAAAGGAUGUGUUCUGGCAGAACUUUUCUCUCCUUUGCUCCACCCCACCCCCCAUCUUCUCCAAAGCAUCUUCUAAUCCUCUGCAGCUGAUUUUGGGGGACCAUAGGGGGCUACAGGCAAAAGAGAAGGGAAAGUUCCAUUCCACUAGUGUAUGUCCUUUGCGCUAGCAGAACAGGAGCCUUGGAUACAGCCUAAGAUGUUUAUUCUAUGACUUAGUUGUAUAUCACCCUAUGAAUGCUAUAUAAUUUGCUGCCAAAUAAUACCCUCUAAAUAUAUUUUUGGAAUUUUGUUUCUGAUACGCUACCCACAUAAGUGGUUGGCCAAAUCUGGGUGUGUUUUGCAUUCUGCUUUCUGAAUGGACUACCACUUUGAAACACCAAUUGAUUUUGCUACUCUAUUCUGUGCCUCUGCUAGAUUUCUUGGGAAUGAAACUGGUCGGUGAGCUGCUACGAAAAUCAGGUGCCUUUUUUAUGCGACGUACAUUUGGUGGUAACAAACUCUACUGGGCUGUGUUUGCUGAAUAUGUGAAAACUAUGUUAAAGGUAAAUAACUGUAAUUUUAUGUUGAGUUUUAAUACUUGCUCAGGUUUACUUUAUUUCUUUAUUUGUGGUUGAUGCCACAUUUGGUUAUACUUUGUUUGACCCAAGUAGCUGCUAUUUAAAACAUUAAUUUUUUAAUUAAAAAAAAAGAUACACCACUUCGAUAACUUACUUAAAAAUGAGUUAAUAGAUUUCCCUUGUGUUUGCUAAUGGUUAUGUUUUUGUCUUUUUUGUCCUAAAGAAUGGAUAUGCUCCCGUUGAAUUUUAUCUUGAGGGGACAAGAAGCCGCACAGCAAAGACUUUGACUCCAAAGUUUGGUAUGUUGGUCAGAAAAUUGGAGCCUUUGUCGCAGAAUUAGACGAUUUAUGCUCAGAAGUGAGCCAUGUGUUCAGCACAAAUUGCAUGCUAGAAACUUAUGCGCUUUGUAAACAAUCAUGAUUUAAUUUUUACAUGAAUUUUAUGCAUUUAUUUCAUACUACAUACAUAACAUAAUUUUCUUUUUACAGGUCUCCUCAAUAUUGUGAUGGAUCCUUUCCUUAAAAGGGAAGUGUUUGACAUUUACCUUGUCCCAAUCAGUAUCAGCUACGAGAGGGUAUUGGAAGAAUCCCUUUAUGCUCGCGAACUUUUAGGAGUCCCUAAACCAAAGGAAUCUACAUCGGUAAGAAAGCAGGUUCAAAUUAUUGUAGUCCAAUGGAUGGAAUCUUGGGCAUUUAUUCUGGGUUCAUAUCUUGCUUGGCCUUAAAUUCACUGUGGCCUUGUUUGGUCAUAAUGCGGCACAAUGGUUGACAGUUACAAGAACUGGUCACCACGAGUCUUGGGCUCAUUUGUUACUCUCUCCGCCUUUGAUGUGGCUACAAGGAGGAAUUUGGAAACUUUUGCUUCUGUUUUAAAUUAAACGUAGCCGGCCAUGACAUCCAGACCUGGACAAACGAUGGUUAAGUAUGGUUUGUUGAAACAAGCUAACUGCAAGCCAUAUGGUUACAUCCAUCAUUCGUCAUAAUUGAAGUAAACCCAUUUAAAUCAAUGAGAUUGGUUGACUUCAAGCCCAUUAAUUUUAAUGGGUCAACUCUGAGUAGAUUUUAGUUGGCUGCCACCUAUAUUUUAUGAAGUUGCUUUAUUUUAACAAACAAUAGUUAAAAUCUGGUAACUGUAAAAGAAUCAGCAACUUCUGGUGCUCUUUUUGCACCUGUGCUUGUAGGAGGUGGAUGCAUGCAAACCAUGACUUAGGGUUGCAUUUAAACAUUGCCUGGCUGUCAAGGGCAAUUUCCUACCUCAAUCACAGUUUCCUUCCUAUAGAAGAGAAAAAAAUAGUCAUGUACCUCAAGGUUGUGAGGAUGAAUAGGCUAAGAAUCCUAAGGUAAUCAUAAAAAUUGCAAACUGAUGCUGGAUAAGGUAUGAUAAAAUAAUAAAUGUAGUAUAUCUGCAUGUAUCUUUGCACAUGUCUCAAGUUUUAUCUUUUGUAGGGACUCUUGAAAGCUAGGAAAAUCCUGAGUGAAGAUUUUGGAAGCAUACACAUAUUCUUUGGACAGCCUGUAUCACUCAGAUCAUUGGCAGCUGGGAGAAUCGAUACCUGUUCAUUUAACUUGGUUCCAAGGUAUUACAGUGUAUGAUAUAUAUAAUGGCUUGUGGGGAAAUUAGCCUGAGUCUGUUUUUCACUGUAACAUUUAAAAGUGCUCAUUAGCUGGGUAGUGACGCUACUCCUUUUAUCACAAUAUUUAGUAAUAAUUUUACUGUAUCAGACAAGUCUAUUAGAUCAUUCAUUGGUCCUACCUUCAGCUUUGAUCAGAUCUCAAUGUUUGAGGGGCAUUACAGUGCGAAUGCAUCAUGGGGAUACUGAUCCCAAAAUAAAGCAUUCCUGAACUCAUUUAUUACUUCCUGUAGAUGUAAAUACUGUUUAAUGAGCAUACUUCACUUUGUUAAUAUGAACUUCAAAAUAUUGUUACUUACGUUUUACAUAUGAAAGUAAGCACCCCCAGUUGUUGUUGUUGCUGCUGUUAUUAUUAUUAUUCACCCACCAUUUGGGACUCGUAGGCACAUUUGGAGUUUUGCGAGAGUGGCAUAUGGGCACUACCCUUUUGAGUUGUUUCUCUUCUUCCAAACCCCAGGUUACUUCCUUUCCAGAGGAAGUGUGCAUUUAUGUGUGUGUGCGUGUGUGUGCAUGUGUGUGCGUGUGUGCGCGUGUGUGUGCGUGCACACACACACACGCUCUCACACGCACAUGCUUCCACUGUGUUUUUUUCUAUGAGGUUCAGGUAAAAGUUGGGUCUAGUUGAAUGAAUACAGGUCCUCUUGAAUAAUAAUAAAAAUCAAAUAAAAAUGUGUAGACUUCACUAUCAAAAACACAGAUCCAGUUUUUCCCAGUAUCAGGAAAACAAGGCUGAGAUACUCAGGAACCUUCAUUACUUUUGCAUUACAGUGGUACCUCAGGUUAAGUACUUAAUUCGUUCCGGAGGUCGUUCUUAACCUGAAACACCACUUUAGCUAAUGGGGCCUCCUGCUGCCGCCGUGCCGCCAGAGCACGAUUUCUGUUCUCAUCCUGAAGCAAAGUUCUUAACCCGAGGUACUAUUUCUGGGUUAGCGGAGUCUGUAACCUGAAGCGUAUGUAACCUGAAGUGUAUGUAACCCGAGGUACCACUGUACUUUUGCAUAGGAUGACAACAACACUGUGGAUGCAGUUGUGACCUAUGAUUUGAUAGUGUUUUUGAUGAAAUCCCUUAUAAAAUUACGUGGAUCCAUAAGGAUCCAUGCCUUGAAUCCAUGUUUUUGCACCAUGACAACACUGAAAAAAAGCACUGGACUUUUAAAUUGUAUGGUUCAGUCAAUGGCAGACAGGUGUGAUCAGUGAUCUGAAGGUAUUGCUUGCCGGUGGGGGCGGGGAAUCCAUAAAAAAUAAAUGCAAUUUCACAGGUCCCUCACUCAGUGGCACUCAGAGGUCCUGUGGGAUGGAUGGAAUAUCCUUUGCAAAAAGAAAUUUCGCAAAAGCAAACUGAAUCUAUAUGGGGAUACAAGACUUUGAAUGCCUUUGCUCACUACACUUUUCCUUUCAGGCAUAUUCCACAAAAGCCAUCUGAGGAAAUCCAGGAAUUUGCCUGUGAUGUAGCCUACAAAAUGGAACUCCUACAAAUAGAAAACAUGGUUCUGAGCCCAUGGAUAUUAGUUGCUGCUGUCCUACUCCAGAAUUUACCAGCCAUAGAUUUUCAGCUUCUUGUUGAAAAGACACUUUGGCUAAAAGGUUUAACUCAGACAUUUGGAGGAUUCCUUGAUUGGCCUGGUAUGCAAUGAACAUUGUACACACAUUUCGUUUUCUGAGAACAAUGUAGCUUGUGUUACUUUUUAUGUGUUUGGGAACAGUCUGAUUCCUGCACCCCCCCCCCAAAUACAUGAAUAAUGUUACUAUAGCAUAUGAUUACUUUCCUUCCUCAUUAUAAAAAAGAUUUAAAAAUUGCAGGAAAGGUUAUGUAUAUUUGCGGUGACCAUCUCAAUUAUAAAAGAGAACAAGACAUGCUAGAAAGCAAGGUUUUUAAAAACAAAACAAAACCAUCAACACAAAAUGCACACACAACAACUAUGAGGCAAGGUUAAGCAAGAGCCCUCCCACUAGGGCCCUACCCAAUUGUGCUGAUUUUGUGUUGUUUGAGCCUUGAGGCUGGGAUGGGACGCAAUCUAAUUGAGUUUUGUAUGGCAGACAUACAAUACCAGUGUCUUGCCAUGACUGCUCAAGGAGCCAUGUGGUUCAGGGCAGGAGAGAUGAUGCUACAGGGAAAUGCAAAUAUGAAAAAUACCUGAGCUUUGAAGCCAGCAUAAUUUUGAGCUGGAAUACGAGGUUCUUGUAGUUUGCCUGCCUCCAUAAGUCAUUUAUUAAUUGGUCGCUAUAAAUAAGGUUCACAAAGGCUGAAAGUAUACAAUUGAUGCUCUUACCUUGUGGUAACAGGGGUCUUCUCUUUCUCCCACUUUCACAUUUCCAUCUUUCACCUGAUCAUAAGUCUGCGGUUCUCUUAAUUUUGAAGAAGCUCUGGUUGCUUUUACUACUUUGCAGUGCAGUGGAAUAUGAAGGGUACUUAACUUUGUGUCGUCUGAAAAUAGGAUAAUUUUCCACUUUCCUGUUCGAGGAAGGCAGAUAAUAAUUGCAUGCCUUUUUAAAGUUGCCAGUUUAGAAAUCUCUUUGUCCUUACCAGCUUCCACCCUCUUCCAAAUUCUGCCUCUACUCAGAAUGGUUACCUGCUGGCUCUCUCAUCCGCCUGUUUCCCCAACCUUUCUCAAACUUACCAAGUUGUAGGGUGAGGUUGCGGAAGGGGAACAAUAGCCAAAGACCACUUCACAGUUGUUCCAGCAUUACCAGUGUGAAUUUUGAGGACUGCAGUUGUUUGUUCUUCCUAAGUCAUUGAACAGAGUCCCCAUUGGCAAUGGAGGAUCCAAAGAUUUUCUGAAGCCUUCAUGUUAGAGAACUGGAAACUUAGGAAAUUUUUUGGCAAGACACUCCAGCUGCUUGUUUUUUCUCCUCCUCUACCUCCCCGUCCCAGCAACUUAGUAAAAUUGCGAGUGUGUGGGAAGUAGGGCUAGUGAUAGUGGGACCUAGGAAGGUAGGAACAUAAGGAACUGUUGUGGCUCAGUGGCAAGGCACCUGCUUUUCAUGCAAAAGGUGCCAGGUUCAACCCCUGAAAUCUCCAGGUAGGAAUGGGAAUGUCACCUGUCUGGAAAUGCUGGAUAGCUGCUGCCAUUCACUGUAAGUCAUGCUGAGCUCAAUGGACCAGUGACCUGGCUCAGCUUCCUAUGUUGCUCAGUGGAGGAACUCCCCUAGACCAGCUCUUCUGAGCCUUUGGGAAGAAUUGUCAGAAAACGCUUGGGCGACUGCUUCUGAGGAUUCUCCAAAAAAAGGCUAAGAUAGGCACAGCCUGCUCUGAAUGAGACAGGCGCAUUUUGCCCAUCACUAGCUGAAACAGUUCAGUUUUCCUGCCUCUUUCCUUGGUAUUUUUUUUUGAAAAAUUCAAAGCUAAAAUAAGAGAUGGUGUCAGUUUUGGCAUUUAUUCCCAAUUUGUCUUUUCCUAGAUAAUCUGUGUGCUAACAAAGCAGUGCGAUCCAGUCUUGCUCUACACUCCAACAUUGUGAGCCUUGUCAACGGGCAAGUGGUUCUCAAUGACAAAGAUAUGGAAGUUGGCGCUACGGAAGAACUUGUCUUUAAGCAAGCGCUCGCCGUCCUCAUGUGCGGGUCCUACAGGAACCAGCUGCUCAACGUCUUUGUGCGACCAGCCCUUGUAGCACUCGCGUUGCAAAUGACACACUGUUCUAGAAAAGGUAAAUUCAUUGUCUAAUAUAGCAAAUCUGUAAAGCCACAAAUCUGUUCCUAUAAUGCAGUUAUGUCAUUUGCUAAACAGGCUUGUGAUGAGAUUUUUGGAGCUAUUCCCUUGUUCCCCAAGCAUUUUAUGUAUGGUUAGACUGAGCAGGUCUGGAUGAGCUACAGAUUGGGAAAGGGUAUAAAGAGCAUUUUGUGCAUGCUCCUUUUCCUGUGCUCUGGAUUAGGGUUUAUGUCUUAUCCCUCUUUCUUAAAAUAUAUAAAUAGAUUGUUCAGAUAUUUAGCACAAUUAUAAAGUGCUUUCCUAUAUUAUAAGCUGUACUGGAAGCUGGCAAGUUAAUGUACUCAAUAUGCCUAUUCACCAUGAUCUAGUGUUCAUCAUGCAUGCAGACUAGUUAGUGUAAAUAAAAUGUGAAGCUUAUAUUAGUUUGCAGUUCAUGAAGGUAAUGCCCAGUGGCUCUCUGUGGUUAUAGCAGCUUCACUUCCAGUGACCUGACUAACUUGGUCAUGCUUCAGAUCAUCCUUAAUUUAACAGCUAUGAUGUGUGCCAGUGAACUGUCAUUAUCUGGUGAACUAAUUCUGAUUGAAGGGGAUGUUGCAUGCCCUGACAACUUCCAUUGCAUAAUUUAGUGUUAAGGUUAACCGCAAUCCAUCAACAAUUCUGGGUUGUGAAAUCCCCUGUCAUUUCAGUAGACUUUGCGCAGAAGUACCUUCUGAUGAUGGCACCUACCAUUUCCAAGUGACUCUGCCAUUCUUGUGUACAUGUUCAGUUUUUAUGCCAUCGUUUAACCUACAUUAUUAUCUUAAAAAAUGAGCACCUUGCAGACAUCCUCUUUUAAUAGUGAAACACUUUGAAAAAAGGGUUUAUUCAUGGGCAGUUGCAUUUUGUUUUCCAGAGGAAGUCUAUAGCAAUUUUGCUUUCUGGCGUGAUGUCUUCUCUGACGAGUUUAUAUUCUUUCCUGGAAUACCCCUGAAGGUAAAGUAUUGUGUGUGGUCCUGGUAGCUUAAUAUCUACAGGAGUUUCUCAUGACUUCACUAAAUAGUGAAGCCUAAUGUGAAUAGAGAGAGGGAUCUUGAAGCUGUUGUGAUCUGCUGCUGGUAGUAUUUUUGGCUGUAAUUUUGAGUGAGUUUUCAAUAUGCUAGUCCCUCUUUUCCUUGAAACAACAUGGCUAAAACCCACUCCCAUCAGUCCCAUCUAGCAUCACCAGUAGGCCAGGGAUGAUGCGAGUUGGAGUCUAACAUCAUUUGGAGGACCACAGGUUCCUCAUCCCUGUUCUAUUCCUUCUCAUAAAAUGACAUCAUCUAUAAUGUUUUAAGAUGUUAUGACUUCCUUUGCUGUAAAACCAAAGCUAUGUAAUGUCAUCUUAUAGCCUCAUUCUAGAUGUCACAACCUAAUUUUUACACAUACACCUGAAAGAGCUUGACAACUAACAGUCUGAAACUUUAACGGUCUGAAACUUAAAAUAUAUUUUUCAUGGGUGGCAUAUACACCUUGUGUGUACACAAACACACACCACAUUUAUCUUUGCUUCUCUAGUACCAGCAUUUUAUCAUUGACCUUGCCGCACUGUUCUGUCCUUCUAAGAUAUCUGGAGAGUGUCAGUUCACUAUCCCUACUCACAUCCCCUGAGCAAAGAUGGGAAACCUGUGGCCCUCUAGGACUGCAACUCCCAUCAGCCCUAGCCAGUACAAGAAGUGGGCAUGGAUGAUGAGAGAUGUAGUCCAAUCUGGAGGAUCACAGGUUCCCCAUCCCUGCCAUACAGAUGUGUCUUAUUCCUUACUUGGGGUGGUUUUCCCUCUCCCACCCCUUGUUUUGGGCUGCUUUUAUCUUUACAUUUAUGUUCUGUCCCAUCAUGGUGCGGAGGAAGACCAUUCUGGUUGUGCUAGAAGUGCAUGCACAAUUAUUUUCUUCCUUCUUUUUAGUUUUUAACAGGGGAAGUCUGUUCCGCCCAAACUUUCUCUGAUCUAUCUUCCAUGUGCCAUUCUUAAUAUGGCCAUAAUUACCGUAUUUUUUGCUCUAUAAGACUCACUUUUCCCCUCCUAAAAAGUAAGGGGAAAUGUGUGUGCAUCUUAUGGAGCGAAUGCAGGCUGUGCAGCUAUCCCAGAAGCCAGAACAGCAAGAGGGAUUGCUGCUUUCACUGCGCAGCGAUCCCUCUUGCUGUUCUGGCUUCUCAGAUUCAGAAUAUUUUUUUUCUUGUUUUCCUCCUCCAAAAACUAGGUGCGUCUUGUGGUCUGGUGCGUCUUAUAGAGCGAAAAAUACAUACAUACUAGUCUGUAGUUCAGUUUGCUCUUGUGUAAGCCCAAUAAUGAAUUGUUUGCCCUGCCUCUUGAAAGGUCAGGUCUUCAGCUGCACUUCAUGCAAUCUCAGUACAAAAACUCAGGAAUGCUUGGCCAUCUAAGAGUACAGAGUGUUCGGUUCUAAGAUGUUCAAGGAGCAUCUCUUUGAAUCUUGAUGUAGUGUGCAAAGUGCUCAAACAAGCAGGACUAUUUGCAGUUGUUGCGCAAUGCAAACUGAGAAUUAGCUUCUGCUGCUGGCUGGGAACAGCUGUUCCGUUGGGGCUAACUUGGUGCUAAAAAAUCCAGGGGUAUAAUACAGGCAACGUGGAUUGCCUGAUUAUAAUUACUGUUAAGCAGAUUGAAUUGUUUAAAUUAAAGCAGUUUGGAGCAAAGAUUUAAAUGAAAUUUCCCAUUCUGAAAUUCAUACAUAUAUAUUUAACAAGCAUGGACUCUAACUAAUUUCUCCAACAGUUUGGUUUGCAAUUAGUGUUAUUAUGUAACCUAGAGGCAUAAUUCGAAACUUUUGGUUGUGCAUCCCAUGUGCUGUUGUUUGCAGAAUUUUGUCUGCUUACAGACAAGACAGUGACAAAAUAUGUGGCCUCAGCUUUUGUACGCCAGAGUCCAGUACACAGAUAUUAUUUUCUUCAGAUGGCAGGUUGUACAAUACAUGCAUAUGCUUGCUCUACUGGAGGGCCUGCAGGAAAUUUUAUAGGCCCAGUUCCAGAGUGUGUAUGCCUUGGCUGUCUUGUCUUGAAAAACUGGUUUUGAUUUGUGUAACCAGACUCCACUGUAUGCAAUUAACUUUAUCAUGCAUCAGAUUAUUUUUGUAGAAUAAAACUAUAUUACUGUUUUGAUAUCGCAAAGGAGUCAGCUGCCAUAAAAUGUUAAAAACCACCUGUCUUUGCUGUGACCAUAGUAACUGAAAUACCUUUUCAUUGAGAUACCAUUUAGGUAUAAUUUGAAAGUUAGAAACAGACUUGAGAUACGUUAGACCUGUUUACUGGAGAAAUACAGGUGUUGAAUAUCUGUAAUUGUCUGCAUGGCAUUAAACCCACUGAAAAAACAUAACCAAUUUUGUUUAAUCCCCAGGAUUUUGAAGAAGGUUGUUUCUUGCUUACAAAAUGUGACGCAGUUCAAGUCACGUCCCAGCAAGUUUUCGUUACUGAGAAAGGAAACAAUAUAAUCACUUUCUUGACAGCAAUGUUCAAGCCUUUUGUGGAAGGUUACCAGGUACAAAAUCAACUGCAAUGUUAUUUUCACCAGUCUGUCUUCUAUUCCUUUUGUGGGGAGUGACUUAUUUAUUAAUAUUUUGAUGCUGGGGCCCACAGAGAAGGGCCUUUGGUAGGAUAAGAAAGAUAAAUACAUAAAGAAAAUGAGAAGGGCCUAUGGUGAAAAUCUUAACAUGUGGGUGUUUAUAUAGAAGCAAGUGGCCUACAUGUACCCUAAGCAUCCUAAGAAAACAGGUUAAAACCUGUAGCACAGAUUUUACUAGAAGUCAAACAAACACAUGUCCACUCCCACUUAGGGUUGUAUCUCCUGAUCAAGCUGACAUUUAAAAUUUAACUGGGUGGUGUCAUUGAUUAAAGGAAACAAAAACUGAAUAAGCAAGUUGAAAUUGGUAUUACCUGCAGAAUGAAGCCCUGCCGUACAGCACUUACAGCUCUGCUCCCCCUGCCCUCGUGUGGGUUCCCAUAUAUUUAUUUCACAAGAACUUUUGUGGUGUUCUGACAGCAUCAUCUCCUCACCCCCCAAAUGCCAUAUGACAAAAUUGCUUUGAAACCCAAAGUGGCUUUCAAAAACAGAGAUAUGGCAUGAGGAACUUGGCAUUCAAAGGGGGGCGGGGGAGAUCGAAUCCAGCUGCCCCUUGGAAGUAGCUCUUUAGAAAGCUAUGUAAUAAAAAUGUUACGUUUUUAUUACAAGUUUAGUUUUCCAAUGCCUAUUCAUGCAAGAGUGAUGAUCCUUUUGUUAAUGUGCUUCUUAACCAAAGACGUGAAUGGGUUUCUCUCCACUAGAUAAUCUGCAAGUACCUUUUAAAGGAAUCGAAUGAGACCUUUAUGGAGAAGCAGUUUAUAUUUGGAGUCCGAAGCUUUGCUUCUGAGCUUCUCGAGGCAGGUGAGUGUUUUGUCUUUGGAUGAUGCAAUUCUUUACUUAGCACUUGGGGUAAAUGAACCAAAGUUUUAAUUGCUCCCCUUUCUCCUGUUUAGGAAGCACACAGUGUUACGAUGUCCUGUCCUCAGACAUGCAGAAAAAUGCUUUGGCAGCUCUCGUGCGACAAGGCGUUGCAUCAAGAACGAAAACGUGAGUACAAAAUUUUUGAGAAGAAAGUUGGGGUAUAAAGUCUCUUGCAAAUUAUACAGAGAUUGCACAACUAAGCAGUGCCAGAAAUUCAGCAAGGAGGGUUGCCUGUCUAAUCUCAGUCAGGAGGGGCUUCUGUAGGCUUGGACUCACAACACUGAAUGCAUUAAUUAUAUGGCUCAGUUCUUGUCCUUUUCUCCCCAGGAGUGAUGGAUUCACUUACAUUGUAAGGAAAGAAGCUCUAAGUAAAACCGCAGGAAUGUUUGGUAAGUGUCUCUGCUAAUGGAGAGUACAGUGGUACCUCGGGUUAAGUACUUGAUUCGUUCCGGAGGUCCGUUCUUAACCUGAAACUGUUCUUAACCUGAAGCACCACUUUAGCUAAUGGGGCCUCCUGCUGCCGCCACGCCACCGGAGCAUGAUUUCUGUUCUCAUCCUGAAGCAAAGUUCUUAACCCGAGGUACUAUUUCUGGGUUAGUGGAGUCUGUAACCUGAAGCAUAUGUAACCUGAAGCGUAUGUAACCCGAGGUACCACUGUACUAUGAAAUCUGAGGGAGAUUUUUUGCCAAAGACUUUGCAUGUGUCUUCUCCUCUUUUUGUUAUUUCCCAAGUCAACAGUAGCUGAACAGUUUGUAAACUUCUUGCAAUAGUAGGAGCUGUUUUUCAAAUGUAAAAUGUAGCAUGCUGAAAACUGGGCCCUUGCAAUAUUGCCUUGACAGAGUCUCACCUUGUCAGGAUCAUCUCUGACCCGCAAUAGUUCAUCAGAAAUACAGACUGAGUGAAUCAUGUAUGGUCUCCAAAAUGUUAACACUCUCCAUAGCAGCUUUUACGGCCAAAUAGGAGUUUUUUAUUACAUUUCAGCUGAUUGCCUCCUGGCUUAACAUUUUCAGGAGUAUAUGUCUGAUAUUCUUUAGUUGACCUUUACAUUUUAAAAGUGAUGGAAGUAAUGAUGGCAAAGACUUAGCACUACAUCAGUGGAUUUAGCAUGAGGUGUAGCAGCUAUUGCAAGUAGUUUUUGCUUGAACACAUCCUGCCUGCCCAGGUUCCAUAAUGGAGGCUCCUUUGCCUUUCCCAGCCCAAAACAGAGCUUCCUUCUAAGCUCCGAUUCAGAGAGGUAGUUUUGUAACAAGUCCUUUCCCUGCAUAACUUUUUGUCUUACUUCUUUAACAGCUUUUGUAAAGGAAUGGUAGAGUGUUUCUCUCUCAGAACUAAUACACUCUGUAUUCCUGUUACAGAAUCUAGGAUACCUGUAAGCAAACCGAUGGCUGCAAGACUUUAA